ACAAGCACUCACAAACACGCGCUCACCUGUUCCACCGCCCCGCUACCCCGUCUCUCGACCUUACUGCAACCUCUCCCGUUCCGUUUCGUUUUUUUUUUGUCGUUGCCAUUCAGUUGCCGUUUUAACUUCGCCGCGCGAGAAGCGGAAACUUUUGCCAGUCCGCUCGAGGAAAAUAGGAAAAUACUGCAGUGUUGCUGCAGUCGUGCAGCUCGUACAUUUCGUUUCGUUUGGCGCCAAUUUUGAAGCGCAAAUCCGCUGGCGGAUUGAAUUGCACCAAAGUUGAUCUUGGAUCUCCACGUUUGCAUCCAUCCAUCUAACCAAGCAACCGGCUACCACCCCUCGACCCCUGACAGUGACCCCUCGCCCCUCCCUCCAUCCCUUCCACCGCUCGACGACUUCCCAUGGCAGCUAGCAAAUUCCAUUGCGGCAAGCAAUUGACAGCCACACAUUCACAUUUCGAUGCGACAUGUGCGAAAAUCAGGGCCUUUUACUUUGACCUGGACAACACGUUGAUUCCCACCAGAGCCGGCGAUUCCAAGGCGAUCAGAAAGCUCGCUGAUGUUCUCGAGACCCAAUACCAGUUCAGCAAAGAUGACGCCACACAGGCCACCCAAAACUUUUUAAAGGCCUUUCGCCGCUGUCCCGAUAACUCGCAAACAUCGCUGGACUCGUGGCGCACUCACCUGUGGCGCGAAUCCCUUCCAGCGCGCCACAAGCACCUGGCGGAGCAGAUCUAUCCCAAGUGGCUGAAGCUGCGGUAUCGCUAUCUGGCCGUUCCCGCGGACUAUGUCCAGCUGCUGCUGCGGAUGCGCCAGGCGGGCUAUGCCCUGGCCCUUAUCACCAACGGACCAUCGAACGCUCAGUGGGAGAAGGUAGCUGAGCUCAAUGUGCGCGGCUACUUCGACUGCGUGCUGGUCUCAUCGGAUCUGCCAUGGGAGAAACCGCAUCCGGAGAUCUUCUAUGCCGCCUGCAACUUUCUCAAUGUCAAACCGCAGGAGUGCGUCAUGAUCGGCGACAAACUGGAGACCGACAUCAAGGGCGGUCACUUGGCCCAGCUGGGCCUCAUCUUCUGGACGCCACUGAGCAAUAGCAGCGCGGCGGCACAAUCGCUGAAGGAUGUGGAGUACAAGCCGCACGUCAAGCUGGGCAGCCUGCUGGAGAUGUACAAGUACUUCCCGCGCCUUAACGCAGUCGCUCUGCCCGAGAUGCCGUCGGCCUCCAGAAGACGUGGCAGCCACAUGAGUACCAGUGGCCAGGGCUCCGGCAGCGGAAGCAGCUCCAGCGCCAUUUGUGUACCGGGUGCUGGCCAUGGAUACCAUCACCAACAGCAGCACCACCAGCAGCAGCAGCAUCAUCAUCAGAGGCAGUGGCUUUAUCGACGAGGCGUUUCACUGCCCGCCAUGGAUUGCUCCAAUAGCGAGGCGGAGAACAGCUGCGACAGUUUUCUGUAGGCAGUGCGAAGGAUGUUGAGUAUCGAAUGGAUCGAUACGAAUGGAGAGAUUGUUGAAAAAUGUACCUUCAGUUUACAAAACUAUAGCUAAAGAGGAUUGAGGAUUGAUGAUCGUAGAACAGGAAUAAUAUUCACGGACGGAUCACGGAGAAGGACAGCCAGGAGAAUUGGAAACGAAUGCAGGAAUUUAAAGUUCAACUAUUAGCGGGAGGAGGCCGAAAGCACGGUGAAUCUCGAUAUCUGCCAUUAAACUUAAAUUAAGGCUAGCAAACAGCAUCGGAGCACACAAACUACUAAGGCCAACAAGUACAUGGAACAAAAGAAAACAAAUAUGAAUAUGAAAUCAGAGGACAGGAAGCAAAGCAAAGCAAAACAACCAAAUGUAUUUUUCUAAGCGAAUUUUCUGUCACAUAUUUUGUAAAUUGAUAUAACACGCAACUGAAAGUACGUCAAGGUAAACGUAAAACAAUAAAACAAAGUGUAAGAAACCUGUAAAAGCGAUACAGUAAAGCAGAUAGAAACCACAACACGAACCUCUUACAGAACCUCUGAUCAGAAAAAAAAAACACAAGAAACACAAAAGAAACGACACGAAUAACCGAAUCACAAGUACAAGUACGUAAAUGUUAACUAUUGUCUUAGUCGUAGCCUUUAGUCGGUUAUUGUAAUCGCGGCCUCUCGCAGCUGUUGGCCCACCACACUGUUGGCAAAUUGUUAUUUGCAACCUGCACCAAAACCAACACCAACACCUCCUCCUCCUACCCAUUUCCCCGCACCCACCCAUUCCCGCCCACAAGCCCCAGGUUGUUCAGCACCCCAUGCGAAAAGCAUCGUUGAUGAUUAUUGAUGGCUCAUAUGCCGGAGCACUGUUGUUGAUCAUGGAAAUGGAAAAUAAAUGACACUACAAAACCAAAA